UUUAGAUGUUCUUCGGUCAGCUAAAACUUUUGAAAAAAAAUAAAAUGAAAACAAGAAAAUGAUUCUGAAGAAAUCGGUGUUUUAUUGGACAAUUCGACUUCACAUCGUGACUUUAAGUUUACAAUUUAUUUAUGUUGUGGCUGAGAAUGUGCUCAAAACACAGCGGUCAUGUUCUCAAUUACAACCAGGGCAAUACAGGUGUGAUUCUCCUCCUAUGAACAAAGAGACACAACAGGUGGAUUGUAGAGAAGAUGGGAGAGUUGCAGUAAAAUGUUACCCAGUAGAAGGACUGAUAUGUGAGGGAGAUGAAACAAAUGGAAGCAAUAUAACAUUCACAAAAUAUGAGCAAUGUAAAUACAGCAAUGGAAAAUCAUUUGAGACAGCCCUGCUUCUAUCAGUAUUUCUUGGAAUGUUUGGAAUAGAUAGAAUGUACCUUGGAUAUCCCGCUAUAGGACUUUUAAAGUUUUGCACAUUGGGGUUUAUGUUCCUUGGUCAGCUGGUAGAUGUGAUUCUGAUUGCGACACAGGUGGUGACACCUGCUGAUGGCUCAAGUUACGAGAUAGACUACUAUGGGGCUGGACUAGAGAGAGUUGGGAUCAACAAUGAGACCUACUUUAAGCCACAACAAUGGGACUGAAGCCAUGGAGAUAUAAGUGACUCUCAUGAGAUGUUGGUUGAAAUAAAAAUAAAUCCUAUGUGCACAAUAUUUAUCUCAGACGAAUUUCUAAGAUCGAGGAAAAUAUUGCAUAAUAUGGGAGUUUUCAAUUCUGAAUCAGCUAGCAAUUUGUGAAGACAUCUUGGGGUCAAUGAGAUAGCCAUGAUUGGGGACAAUACACCCCCUCUGUCCUGAAAUGGCCAUCCUGAGUAGUCACAUGACUGAAAUUGUCCAAUGAGAUUAAGGGAUUUGAUAGAAGAUGAUAUGAAAAGUGGUACUGACAGGUCUCUCUUAGCUGCCCUGGGAUCCAAUCCACUCCUUCAACAGGUUGAAGUGAACACUUUACAGCUAUAAUUGACACUAAUAAUUGACUGGACCUGAUUUUAUGAUGAAUCAAUGUCAUCAGUGUUUAUUGAAGGAGAGCACUUUAGAGAACUAAAAUGGACUAAGACACUGGUUUAUUUAGAAGUUUUAUAUCUAGAGAUGCAACAGAAAAUAAGAUGCAAUAUUUAAAAUGUUUAAU